GGAAAAGUUACACGACUCUAUAAUUUGUUGUAGUCAUUGAAUUAGUUCGUCGAGGAAAGUGGAAACAAGUGGACGUAUACAAUGUCUGUCGCGUAUAAACUUGGUGAUUUAGUUUGGGCUAAAAUGAAGGGUUUCAGCCCUUGGCCCGGCCGGGUAGCCAUACCAACCCCAGAACUGAAGCCUCCGAAGAAGGCAAUGAAUGUACAAUGUAUUUAUUUCUUUGGGACGAACAAUUAUGCCUGGAUCGAGGAACAUAACAUCAAGCCGUACCAGGAGCAUAAAGAGCAACUGGUGAAGUCGUGCAAGACGACCGCUUUUAAAGAAGCCAUCGCUCAGAUUGAGGAGUAUAUUGUUAAUCCUGAGAAAUUCGGUGAUAUCGACGAGCACGCUCGCAACCCUGAAGAAGAGUUCGACAAACUAAAGGACAACAUUCGCAAAGAGAGUACAGACGAGCCUCCAGUGGAGGAACCAACACCUGAAGUGAAGAAAGAGAAAAAGAGCUCUACGCCAAAGAUACGUUUGAUUUCAAAGGUGAAAUCUAUAAAACGCUCCUCGUCCACGGGCCUCAAGCCGACGCCGCGCAAAAAGGCCAAGAGUGCGUCGCGCUCCUUCACCGACUCGGACUUGGCCAAUGAUAAGCCGUCGAUGCUCAAUCAUUCGUUCUCGAAGAAAUCCAGCUUGCUGCAUCGCCCGUCGAAUAUUUUGAGACCUGACACACCACCCCUCGACUUGGAGAAUGUAUCAGAAACACUCCUCGAGAAGAACAUUAAGGCCAGCGCUAUGAAGUUUGGUUUCCUCGGCCUGGGUAUUAUGGGCAGUGGCAUUGUGAAGAAUCUGCUCAACUCGGGGCAUAAGGUGCUCGUGUGGAACCGCACUGCUGCUAAGUGCAAAGACUUCGAGAAGGUUGGUGCGACGAUAGCGGUGACGCCGUGUGAUGUGGUGGAGGAGGCUGAUAUCACCUUCUCGUGCGUAGCAGACCCUCAGGCGGCUAAGGAGAUGGUGUUCGGCAACUGUGGCGUGCUACACUGUCCAACGCUAGAAGGCAAGGGUUACGUGGAGAUGACGUCCAUAGAUGCGGACACGUCGCACGACAUCGUUGAGGCGAUCAGCGGCAAGGGAGGACGGUACUUGGAGGCGCAGAUCCAAGGCUCAAAGACGCAAGCGGAAGAGGGCACAUUGAUAAUCCUGGCGGCGGGCGACCGCACGCUGUUCGACGACUGCCAGUCGUGCUUCAAGGCGAUGAGCAAGAACUCGUUUUACCUUGGUAGCGACAUCGGCAACGCGUCGAAGAUGAACUCGGUGCUGCAGGUGGUGGGCGGCGUGUCGCUGGCCGCGCUGGCCGAGGGGCUGGCGCUGGCCGACCGCGCGGGGCUCAGCCAGGCCGACCUGCUCGACGUGCUGGCGCUCACGCCGCUCGCCUCGCCGCACCUCAUACUGAAAGGGCCGCGCGAUGAUCGAGUCGUCGUACUCCACGCACCAGCCGCUCAGCCACAUGCAGAAGGACCUCAAGUUGGCCCUCGGGCUCGGGGACGCGUUGGAACAGUCCCUCCCCCUCACGGCCACGACCAACGAGAUAUUCAAACACGCGAAACGGCUCGGCUACGCGAAUCACGACGUUGCUGCCGUGUACAUAAGGGCUAGAUUCUAAUGGGGGUCGCCGGUUGCAAAUUUUGAUCUGUACUUGACUUACCGUGUAAUAAAAUUGUGUGGUUUUAUGAAACAUGGCAAAAGUGAAUCUUUUUUUUCAAUAGUAGAAGUUAAACUAAUGUUUUUUAGUUUCGCGGCCGAUCGUCACGCGACAUAUAGGACACACAGACAAACUUUGAGACGACAAUAAAAGUUUCACUUUUAAAACAUAAAUACAGACUAUAAAGACACAUUAUACGUCUACCGAGGUUUAAACUUGUCCGUUUCGACCGUAUUUGGCUAUGGUUUAACGUAAACAUGAUUUGUAAUAAACUUAGACCAUGGUUUUGGACCUGUGUUUUGUAAUAAGAUGGUUGGUGUAUUUUGACUAGAACGCAAGUUUUGUGUCACGCGAUGAUUAAACUCAAUGCAUUUACUUGUUUAAUAUGAAAAAGAUAAAAAGAAAAAGUAAGAGUGAAAUAGAUUAAAUAUGGAUUCAGUUGGACGAUGAAAAAGAUUUCAUAAAUUAAAUGACAAGACUUUUAGUUGCUAUUUACUAUGAACAUGAAUCUAAGAUUUUAUUACCAAAUUAACGGUAGAUAAAUACAAAUAAAUGAGCGAAUAAUUAUAAUAUUUUUUUGAUCUAAUAUUAAUUAUAAUUACACCCAAUAAAACAAUAAAUUAUAUAAAGAAAAUCUUAUCAUUUAGUUAUAAAAAUUCCGUGUGUUCCUUGUAUAAGUGUCAAUUUUUGCAAUCGUUUUAAGGAAAUUCCCAAAUGACCAAAACGUAGUAUAAUGAGCUUUUAUAGGUCGUUUUAUAACAGAACAAAUUUCAAGGCAACACUAUAAAUACUUCUAAAAAUAUUACAUUAAUUCAGUAAUGUUGUAACUGCCGUUUGCCCUUUGUUUAAAGUUCUGUUAUUAACGGCCUUAACAAUUUGAGAAUAAAUUCCCAUUUUUAAUAAAUUAAAGAAGAAUGUUUGAGAAUUUGUUUGAUAUAUAUCUUCGUGAAUACAAAGUAGAUUGGUGCAUAACUCAAAUCAAACUCGUAAUUAAUAAAUACAGUAAAACUAUGAAACUUUUGUUUUACACAAUGAUUUUCGUUUUUAAAAAUUAAUUUUUCAUUAUGUAUUUAAUAUAUUUUCAAUAAAGUAAGACAUAGCUAAUUUUAAGUAUAUGGCACCGUUUGAAUGUUGCAAAUCUUGUUUUGUUUAAUGUAAAAAUGUCGAAUAAAUAAAAUCACUUGUAUGUUACGUAUAAGAAUAAUAAAUAGUUUUAAUAUAA